AGUAAAAAUUAUAAACUUUCUAGUGCAAACCUCGUGUAAAUUGACCGGGAAAUUUAACGCGUACUACGCGUAGUCGGUUAUUAAAUCACGCGAGGUUAGCCGCUUCGAGAAGGUUGGAAGGUAUCGAAAAAAGUGGCAAAGUUAUUAAGGUGAGAUGGGUGAGAUCGUUAUAUAGACGUUAUGUUGUGUUUCUGCAGUUGAACGGACACCGCGAGCGUAAAUUGCGGGCAAUAACAGGAACCGUAUGUAGGACGCGACAAUAAAUAGCCGAACGCUCGCGAUCGGCGUGCGUCACGAUCAGCUGAUCGCGAGUAUCGCGAGUCGCGACACGAACGAACGUCCUUGCUUGCUCAGGAUCGGGUGGGCCAGGGUGAACCAUGGCGCGCAAGGACGCUUCCCCUUCGACCUUCGAACGACUGCAGGGCCUCAUGGAGGACGAGAUGGGACCGGGAAAGCUCAUCACCUACGGGAUCGCCAGCGCCGGCCUGUUCGCAGCCCUGUACAAAAUUAGACCCUUCGCCAGGUUCAGGAAACCGUCCGACGUCCCGUUGCACUUCCUGCAAACGCGGGUCCCGCUCCAGGGCACCGUGCGGCGCGUAGAACCGAGCUCCGCUAGGGUUCUGCUGAUGGUCGAUCACCAGCCCUUGCUGCCCUUUCCCCACUUCAACGGCAGGGCUUACUUGCCCGUCAAGAUCGGUGGCGUCGACAUCACGGGCAACGGCGUAAGUUGGCUGCAAACCGUGCUCAAUGGAAAGCCCGUGACCUUCGUGCCUAUAGUCAAAGAGAGGGAGUAUUUGGAGUGCGUGGUUACGAUGUCGCAGAAGGAUCAAAAUUCGUUAGAGGUCGGCGAGGAACUAGUCAAAUUAGGCCUAGCUACGGUACAUGAACCUUGGGUGAAGCUGAAGGACAAGCAAGUUCUAGCGUACAAGAAGUCCUUGGCAGACGCGCAGAAGUGGGCAGUACGUAGGAGAAACGGAUAUUGGCAUUUUGUCAAACAGCCGACGGUACUGUGGAAGGCACAGAUGUUCAUGAUCGACAAGAUGAAAUCACUGUUGCCCGCCAUCGUAGUGAGACGGCUCGACCUGUAAGUGUGUUCGGCUUGUUUUAAUAAUUAUAAACGACAGAAUGUUUUGUAUAUUUUUUGACAGUUGUACAAAAGAGAGAAUGUGCAUAUAUUAUGUACUUAAGAAUUUUUUAAAUAAAGUUUUCGUAAAAGUUA